GCUGCCAGAAUGGCAAUGAGUUCCUCUGACAUGCUCUCUGCAUUCCCGCCCACCACUGGACUCUGGCCAACGAGGUGGGGAAAGCUGCCAAGGCAGAGAGAAGCCUGAGGCUUGCACAACACAACACACGGCGUCCUACCAGCCAGACAGCUAGGCAGACUGGCACCAAAAUGGCAACAACAGUGACAGAAUCCGGGGGGGUGAAGAUCGUCACAGAGGUCGUCCCGCAGACCGACCCCCGGGCUGCACAGCUGGACUCAACGGCACCACAGCCCAGCUCGGCCCAGGUCAAAGGCUUCAGGAAGGCACAGCCCAAGGCGCUGGGGGCCAUACAGAUCGUAUCUGGUUUCAUUCAGAUCUCCUUUGGGAUUGCCUUGAUGAUAACUGAAUCCCCAGCCCCAGCCCUCACCGUGGCCAGCGGAGUCUACUUCUGGAUUGGCUUGCUGCUCGUGUCCUCAGGAUCUGUGCUGGUGGAGGCUGAGAGAAAAGAAAGCAUCCGGCUGGUGAAAGUCUGCUACAUUAUCAGCGGCCUGGUCAUCCUGGCCACCCUGACAGCUGUGAUCAUUCACAGCGUGGAGAUCAGCCAAGAAAUCCCGUGGUGCAACAUACAUGAGGGCGGCAAAAUGACCCCGCUGAACUGCUCCCAAUCUGUCUACAUUCUGAGUCAUGGGAUUAACUCGAUAUUCAUCCUGCUGUGCCUGCUGGAGCUAUGCACGGCCAUCGCCGCCUUGGUGUAUGGACACAAGGCCUUGAAACAGCAGGACUACACGCAGAUGGUGCUGUGAUGGAGCAGAGGCCGGCUUUGCUCCUCCCACCCCCAGGUGCACUGAGAACAUGAUGGAGAUUUCCUGCAUUGGAGCCACAGCGACAUGGACCCUUGGCCACUUCUUCACCUUCCCAGGCAGGACGGCAGAGGGAGCAAACUCUGAGCCCCAACAUCUCCUGCAGCCCACCCUACCCCCCCCCCACACUCUUCUGUGUCUAGGGGAUAGGGGCAAAUGCUGAGCCAGACACCACUAUUCCUGAGCCCCCAACUGAGAGAUGAGAGCAGCUUUAAUGCUCAAAGUAUCCGCUGACUUUCCCCACAAACUCUCCUGUCUGUAACCUACUGCAGCCCAUGACCUCUCUCAGGACCCUCCUCACAGAAUCCCCUCGUGGACUCUGACCCCUGAAUUCCCCCCCCCCGAAAUUAGGAGGCAGGAGACUCUGACUUUCUGCACCCCAAAACCCUCCCCUGAUUCCUAAACGCUCCAGCCUGUAUGGGGACGGUGAAAACAAACUGACCCACACACACCUUCCCUGGCCCCUCAAACUCGCCAGUCAGUAAUGGGAGAGGAGCUGGAAUGAGACUGAACCCAGGCCUCCCUCUCCCCUCAAAUCCUCCUAUGAUCCCUGGAACUCUCUGCAACCAGAGCACAAGACAGUGAACUCCAAAGCCAUCCUUCCGUCCUGCUCACGCCUCUCCCCCAAUUCCACAAACCCUCCUGUCUGCACAGGCAAACAAGACGGAUGGGGAAAACAGCGGGAGUCAACAGGAUUAUGGAGUAGAAGUUGAUCCAUCCCUUUUUCUUGGUCUUUGCCCCCUGGUCCCCUCACACAACUUUACUGCACCAAGGCAGAGAGUGGGGGUCUGUUUAAUUUUUUUUAUUUGUGUUGCAGUAAAGGAGUGCUGUAAGCAAUGGGCUGUGGAUAAAAGGUAACAGAUUCGGUAACCAGAUAUAAACACUUCUAUUACGUGAUGGAACAUACAAGGCAGCGUGUGAUAUAUU